UAGAUAAAAGAUUAAGACAUAGUAGACCAUGUCAUGAAACACUGAUUGUGAUGACUUUGACUGCUACAUAUAUAUAUAUCCAGGAUCCCAAUCCUUGUGCUGAGGUGUUGAGGAGUUGAGGUGCUGAGUUGCGGAGGAGCUGAGGUGCUGAAUUGCGGAGGUGUUGAGGAGCUAAGGUGCUGAAGUGCGGAGGUGCUGAAGUGCGGACGUUCUGAGGUGCUGAAGUGCUGAAGUGCAGAGGUGCUGAAGUGCUGAGGUUCUGAGGCGCUGAAGCGCUGAGGAGCUGAGGUGCGGAGGUGCUGACGUGCGGAGGUGCUGAAGUGCUGAGGAGCUGAAGUGCGGAGGUGCUGAAGUGCUGAGGUGCUGAAGUGCGGAGGUGUUGAGCUAAGUGCUGAGGUGCUGAAGUGCUGAGGUUCUGAGGUGCUGAAGUGCUGAAGUGCGGAGGUGCUGAAGUGCUGAGGUUCUGAGGAGCUGAGGUGCGGAAGUGCUGAAGCGCUGAGGUGCUGAAGCGUCGAGGAGCUGAAGUGCUGAGGUGCUGAAGUGCGGACGUUCUGAGGUGCUGAAGUGCUGAAGUGCUGAAGUGCGGAGGUGCUGAAGUGCUGAGGUUCUGAGGAGCUGAGGUGCGGAAGUGCUGAAGCGCUGAGGUGCUGAAGCGUCGAGGAGCUGAAGUGUGGAGGUGCUGAAGUGCGGAGGUGUUGAGGAGCUAAGUGCUGAGGUGCUGAAGUGCGGACGUUCUGAGGUGCUGAAGUGCUGAAGUGCGGAGGUGCUGAAGUGCUGAGGUUCUGAGGAGCUGAGGUGCGGAAGUGCUGAAGUGCUGAGGUGCUGAAGCGUCGAGGAGCUGAAGUGCUGAGGUGCUGAAGCGUCGAGGAGCUGAGGAUCCUGUUUCCAUCACUGAUUUUGCGAUGGAAAACCAUUUGUUGAGAAGAUUAAGAGAAACCAUGAAACGUCUCCAAAAAGAGGAAGAAACAUCCAGACUUCCUCUUCUGUCAUCUACCACAGAAGAACAGAGACGUGCUGAGGUUUCCAGGCGUCCAGAAAAUAUUAGGAUGCAGCUGGACCAGGAUUUAAAUUUAAGGAUGCGUUCCCAUCAGAUUGUUCACACCAAAACCGAAAGACUGGAAGUAGAUCUGAAGAGAGCGAGGAACCAGAGUUAUGCAAAGACAAUGGAAAUGUCAAAACUCCUGACAGAGAAAGAGGAGCUGGAAUUAAAAAUUCAGGAGCUUACGAAUAAAAAUCUGCAACUGGCCAAAGAAAAAGAAGAACUCUUCAUACUCUGCAAAGAGUAUGAAGAAAAGCUGAGCAGGGAAAAGAGUUCAGAUGAGCCUGAGCAGCUGGACAAACUCAGACGAGAAAAUGAGAGUCUCAGCUGCAAGCUUAAAAAAUAUGCUGGAGAAAAUGCAGAGCUCCUACGGGAAAAUAAUGACCUUAAAGAAGAAUUUUAUAGAAAAAGAGCAGUAAUAGCAAAGCUAACGAUAGAAAACAAAGAGCUCGAAAUGAAAACAGAGGUCCUGACCUUCAAAAAUAUUGAGUUGACCGACGAGAAAGAGGAGCUCUGCCGAGAGUACGAAAAAAGACUGUGGAGAGAGACACAACUGAGGAAGGGCCGCUGCCCCUUAAUGAUGGACCGAGACCAGAUGGAGCAGAGACCCAGCAGCAGAGAGAGCAAAGGAGGCUCUGUGAGUCUCUGCCAAACAAGGGCAGACAUUACCGAAAACAAGACAGAAGCUCAAGACAAAACGAAGCCUCAAAUCAAUUUGAGAUAUCAAUUAAAUAAGAAAUGGCUUAAGGCUUCAGUAGACAGCCUCAAAAUCAGAACAUCUAAGGAACCCGGGCAAAAUAUACUGAGGUGGCUUCAGCAAUCGCUGAAAAUCCUGAAAGAGGAUUCCUCUGAACUGUACCCCCUGCCCGAAUGGCUUAAAGCAUCCACCACCAACCUCCCGAAGGAAUGUGCUGAGGCAUCCAGGGGGGAUGUGAAUGGUUGGCUAGAAACAUCGAUAAAUCAUUUCCAAGAAGAAGGGCCAGAAACCUGUGAUUUAGAUGUGCAGGGAUGGCUUGAAGCAUCUAUUAUAGGCAUUCAACAUCUACAAAAAUCCAAGUCGAGCCAGAAAAAAGGGAUGGCUGGAAAAAUCAAUAGAGAACCUCAAGUAGCAAUGUCCUGAAGGAUCUCUGGUGAAUAGAUUAGAAUGGCUUCAAGGAUCCUUAGAAAGCCUGUCACUUUCUGGAGAACCUAGACCAGUUCUUGAAAAAUGGCUUCGACAAUCCUUAAAAAACCUGCAAGACGAAGGUCCUAAAGUAUCUAAACAAGAUGCCAAAAAAAUGACUUGAAAUAUCUAUAAAGAAUCUUGAGGAGGAAGGACACCUAGGUACUCGGGAAUGGCUUGAAGCCUCUAUUAAAGGCGUUCAGGAUCUACAGAAGUCCACGGUAGAGAUUAAAAGAAC